GUGUCGAUGACGUACGACCCACACCUGUGCUGCGUAGACGCGAGACCGGGCAGGCACGCGGCCCUGGAAAAGGGUGAUGGGGAUGCGGUUGCCGUGACAACAAGCUUAUUACAUUCAGACCUUGUUUGUUUAUUUAUUUGUUUCUUUAUGCUUGCUUAUUUGCACUUCUCGUUUGCGCAAAAGCAAGAAGAUGCAUACGCGGUAGCCGCUGCUCUUCAAACGUGCAAUCUUAUUGUGACAUUUAAAAAACAAUUUCAGAUAUUAAUUGGUGAAACUGUUACUACGCGGCGUUGUGUCAGUGACUGACACCGCCGGUAUCCGGUAUUAUUGUGGAUGUUAACGGAUAAUUUUCCGUGAACGCGAAAGGUAAAAGAAUCUCUAUUUUCGAGUGUCAAGAGGGAGGGGAGAGAGGAAGCAGCCGCCGCGGCGGGAAAGGCGGCGGAGGACACCGAUGUCGAUGACAACUGCGGGAGAUGACGGGAAAGGUCGAACGCAGCCGUGAAUAAAAUGAGAGAAAAUCCAGGGAAUACGCUCACCUCCAGCAGCAUCUGGCCACGCUGCGCGUUCCGCUCCGUGGGGUUAUUGCAGCCGUGACGAUUUCUUUCAACGCCGGAAUCCCUCCCUGUUGCGUCCCUACACGCGUGUACAGCGCAUCGGGCUUCGAGCGCUGCGUGCUUGUUGUGUGCGCCCGCCACUGUCGGGGCGCGCCUCUCCCGCCCGGCGUCUUGAUGUCGACGCCCGUGGGCUUUAUUCGGAGUCCAUCCCGCCGGCUCGCGCGUCCGUGCGCGAGCGUGUCAGCGUGAGUCGGGGCGCGUGUGACUCGGGCAGUGUCAGCGAGCGCGUGUGCCUUCAGCUCCGCAUCCGUGCGCAGCCCUUGCGCGGACGACCUGCGUGCGUUUCAAGUGUCCUUGCCGCGUGCGUGCGGAAUAUUUCAAAGUGACACAUCUUAAAACGCGGGAUUUGGCGCCUGAAUAAGAUGGGGGAGUCGUAGCCUCCGGACCAGAGCGGCGGGAAAAGCGCGAGGGGAGCGGCGUGGGGCUGUUCCCCGUGACAGGAAUUCGAUGCCAACAUGCCCGGCGUGGGAGCGCUGAAGGCGGUGGGGGUGAGGAGAGGGUGGGCCUCCCCCAAAGUGCUCUGCUCCAAGGACAAGGGGGAGGAGGACUGAACGCGGGAUCACGGUGAAGACACUCGCCCAAGAAGGGAGCGUCGUGCGGAGCGCAUCGCGGUCUCCGUUUUCGUGGAGCGCACCAUUUAUCUACGGGCUCGUUUUGGCUGGCUCCAAGGGCACCGCGGACAGGAGAAUGGACGCAUGUGGCACAGGAGGAGGCUGGAGGUGUGGGCUGCACUAUCUGCUCCUUGGAACUGCCGCGAAUGAGAGAACUCCUACACGCUGGGGACAAUGAAAAUGUUGGGACUGCGUGGUAACAUUUGUCUCUUGGGCUGAACUGGGCGAUGGAUACCGUCUAACAGGCAUCGGGCGGCAGCGCUUUUGGGCUCGUUGUGAGGUGGAGUAACAGGUCAGAGCGGAUCCUCGUAUUGUGGGCGUGUCGGGCGAGAAUGGAUGGCGUCGGGGGCAGCGCCGGGCCGAUCAGCGCGGAAACCCGACCCACCCGAAAUGGGGACUCUAAGCGCCGCAGUAAAGGCAGCCUGCCUUCCCCUGGGUAUCGCCUCUCCCAGGCCUCUCUGGAGGGCGACCGUGGGGACACCGGGAGAAGACGCUUGUCCAUCAUGAGCUCCAAUCGGGAUGGCCUCCCUUUCCGCACAGCGGGAACCCCCACCACGCCAGUACCCCUUCCUCCACCCCCAUCUGGACCCUCCCAGCGCUCCGUGGGCUUCACGUCCUCACGGGCAGCCCUGGCGUCUACCUCCUCCGCCGGAACAGGCGUCGUCGUCGUGGCGGCCGGCCCUGAGACCACCACCACCACUGCUUGCAACUCCAAUGCUGCCGGCACCCCGGACGCUGCCUUGGACGGCGAGGACUACAGCUAUUCCAACCAGUCCACCUUCAUCCAGAGGCAGUUCGGGGCCAUGCUACAGCCGGGGGUCAACAAGUUCUCCCUGCGCAUGUUUGGCAGCCACAAGGCUGUUGCCAUGGAGCAAGAGAGGCUGAAGUCUGCUGGAUCGUGGAUCAUUCAUCCUUACAGUGACUUCAGGUUCUACUGGGACCUGCUGAUGCUCCUUCUGAUGAUGGGAAACCUGAUCAUUCUGCCAGUGGGCAUCACUUUCUUCAAGGAUGAGAACACACCACCAUGGAUCAUCUUCAACGUGGUGUCUGACACACUCUUCCUGGUGGACCUGGUCCUCAACUUCCGCACGGGCAUAGUAAAGGAGGACAGCACGGAGAUUCUGCUGGACCCGCGCGCCAUCCGGCAGCGGUACCUGAAGAGCUGGUUCCUCGUGGACUUCGUCUCUUCCAUCCCCGUGGACUAUAUAUUUCUGAUGGUGGACCUGGAGGCCCGACUGGACUCAGAAGUGUACCGCACGGCCCGUGCCCUGCGUAUCGUCCGAUUCACGAAGAUACUGAGUCUGCUUCGGCUGCUUCGGCUUUCCAGACUCAUCCGUUACAUCCACCAGUGGGAAGAGAUCUUUCACAUGACCUAUGACCUGGCCAGCGCCAUGGUGCGCAUUGUCAACUUGAUCGGCAUGAUGCUGCUGCUGUGCCACUGGGACGGCUGCUUGCAGUUCCUGGUGCCCAUGCUGCAGGACUUUCCUCCAGACUGCUGGGUGUCCAAGAAUAACAUGGUGAAUGACACGUGGGGCGUGCAGUACUCCUACGCCCUGUUCAAGGCCAUGAGCCACAUGCUGUGCAUUGGCUACGGCGCCCAGGCCCCGGAGGGAAUGACGGACGUGUGGCUCACCAUGCUCAGCAUGAUUGUGGGUGCCACCUGCUAUGCCAUGUUUAUAGGUCACGCCACGGCCCUCAUCCAGUCCCUCGACUCCUCCCGCCGCCAGUACCAGGAGAAGUAUAAGCAGGUGGAGCAGUACAUGUCCUUCCACAAGCUGCCAGCGGAUGUGCGUCAGAAGAUCCACGAGUACUACGAGCAUCGGUACCAGGGCAAGAUGUUUGACGAGGAGAGCAUCCUGGGGGAACUCAGCGAACCACUCAAAGAGGAAAUUGUGAGCUUUAAUUGCCGUAGUCUGGUGGCCAACAUGCCGCUUUUUGCCAAUGCCGAUCCCAACUUUGUGACAGCGGUGUUGACCAAGCUGCGCUUUGAGGUCUUCCAACCAACCGACUUCAUCAUCCGGGAGGGCACCGUGGGCCGCAAGAUGUACUUCAUCCAGCACGGUCGCGUUAGCGUGCUCACCCGCGGGAACAAGGAGACCAAGCUCAGUGACGGCUCCUAUUUCGGGGAGAUCUGCCUGCUAACACGGGGACGGCGUACGGCCAGCGUCCGGGCCGACACCUAUUGCCGCCUGUACUCCCUUUCGGUGGACAGCUUCAAUGAGGUGCUUGAGGAGCACCCCAUGAUGAGGCGAGCUUUCGAGACGGUGGCUGCAGACAGACUGAACCGCAUCGGCAAGAAGAACUCCAUCCUGCUGCGGAAGGCCUCCCAGGGGGGAUCUGUAGCGGGGAGCAGCGUGGGGAGGGGAGGUGGAGGGGGCAGUAGGGGUGGGGGGGCAGGGGGUGGCAUGGGACUGGGCUCUAGCGACAGCAUCCUUGUCCAGCAAAUUGUUAAGCACGACAGCAUGCCUGCCCAGGAUGGUGGGAUUCCGGGAGCUGGCCGCACAGAGGCCGGGGGAGGGGGGGGCGCUAUUUCCCCCCGGCCCCAUCCCGUGAUCUGGGCUCCUUUAGUCCAUGCGCCUCUGCAGACAGCUGCAGCGACCACCAAUGUGGCCAUUGCCCUAAUGCACCAGCAACAACAGCAGCAGCAACAGCUCCAGCAGCUGCAGCAGCAGCAUGCCUUGGGGGCAGCUGUCUAUCUCCCUUCACCCAUCCCUAUCUCACCCUCGCCCUCCUCCUGUCCUCUUUCUCCCCCGCGGCCCCCCGUCUUGCUCCCACGCCAGUCGGUGGGCUCCCUCAUUGGGAUGGUGGGAGGCAUAUCACCCAGGGGAGUCGCACCUGCCUCCAUGUCUUGUACUCCGUCUCCUUCACCGAUGGGUCCGACUGGAGUAGGUGGACCUGUAGGAGGCGGGCCACCGGUGGCGAACACGCCGCCUCCUGCAUCCUCUGUGCCAGCUCCUGUCCUGGCUGGUCGAACGCUGCACCACAGUCUCCGUCUGCGCCCGGAAGGCUCCGUAAGCGGUGCUGCAGCUUCGGGGGCCGCCGCUUCACCCCUCCAGAAAUGUGCCACUGCAGCCCUUGAUUCCCGCACUCAUGGAUCGGGCCAGCAAAAGGCGAAGGAGGCUCUUUUGCGCCACGGAGGUGGGAGUACGCAGGCGCUGCCCGCGCUGGGCAGGCUGACCCAGGAGGCGCGGCUGCUUUCUGCCUCACAGCCUACGCUGCCGCACAGGGGCUGGGCAGGGGUGCAGGCCUGUCCUCCGCUGCAUCGAAAAGCCUCCGGAGGCAAUUUGCUUCCUGCUCCCUUCCUGGUGUCCCCGGGGCAGCUGGCACGAGGGGGCAGUGCAGGAGUGCUGAGUACCAUCGCCCCGUCUGCGCAGCAACUGCUCCUGCCUGCACAAACACCUGCGCAGGCCCCGCUCACGCAGCAGGCUCAAGCACACCCCCAGGGGCUGGCGCAGUCCUCGUCUGCCCCAGCUGCAGCUACUCAGCUGGCCUCCUGCCCCAAGCCUUCCGCUUCCUACCCCUCACCCGUCAUCCCCACUACAACCCCUUUGACCCAAGCCCUCCCACAGGGUCAGCAGUCCAAAGCCACCCCUACACCACCGUCACGCUCCUCCUCCCCUCCACGGUCUUCUACGCCGCCUCCCAUCUCCGGUGCCCCGGCGCCAUCUCAAGCUGUGUGCCCCAAUGCCACUUCCGCACUUCCCUCUCUGCCCAUUUCCCCUCCCUCUUCUACUGUUCCAGCAUCUUCCCCUUCUGCCCCGGCACUGCCCCAGAGCCCACGCCUUAAGCUGUCCCCUACGCCACCAUCCUCCUCUCCGCUCUCCAGCGUCACACCCACCACUCCGGCAGCCCCCAGCAUCACCCAGGUCUCCCACACGCUGAGCUCUGCUGCUGCUGCUGCCCCAGCAUCCUCCACGAAGGGCGGCAGCAAAGACGCAGGUCCAGCGCUUUCCAGAAAAGAGACUGAAGCGCUGAGACACAAACUUCCUGCCAACAUGUGAGACGAGUCCAGAGCCGUGGAGCAGACCGAGGGUGUAAAAACCAUUAAUUCUAAGCCUACAUAGUGUGUCCGUGGUUGCUGAAGCUGGUGGGGUUGUGGAACUGGGAAGAUCCUGCAGCGCAGAGGUAUAAAUGCUUCGAGGGUAGACAGAGGUGCUGACAGCAGCGACAAGAAUGAGGAAAAUGAUGAAGAUUGCGCAACAGCAUUUACCUAUCAACAGCAUCUGUGCGCAAGAGUUCAAGGCCGAACGCAGGGAGUAAAAGGCCAUCGUUUCGGGUUCCACCCCCCAAUUCAUCUCUUCUUUCUCACCAAAGUGUAAAAUCUGUCACCAUAACAAUAAUAAUAAUAUUAUAAAAAGAACACGGUAGUGAUUAAUAUAUUGGUCAUAAAAUACUAGGAGCAAUCCACUAGUGGUCUGUUGUCCCAGGUGUGUGGUGUUAGCUUUGGACCAAUAAAACACUAAGGUACAUGUUCACUUACUACUGUAACUAAACGGUGUUUUUACGUGCAAAACUUAAACUGCUUUCUCGCUUACGGCGUGCGUUAGUUUGUAUCACUCACAUCAAGCUUUCCCUCACGCUCUUCAAGUGUGUAUCUCGAUCUCCCUGUACCUCCGUUUCGUUAUAUUUUUGCGUCUAGUCUCCCCGCUCUCCGUCAGCCUGUUUACCUUAAACUGUGGCCCUGGUCAGAUACUCUUCCUCCUCCUCCUCCUCCUCCUCCUCUCUGUUUCCCCAUUCCCUUUUUUCCUAUUCAGAGCUGUUCUUUGAUGUCUUGUACUGAUGUUGAAAUAGGGUUGCUUUUUAAAUCUCAAAUACCAUGUUGCCUAGAAUGUGUACAUUUAAGGACCAAAUGUUUUAUUUUUAUUUGUUACCACAGCUUUAGAUUUUCAUCAAGAGUGAAAAUAGGACAUAAAGAUGACUAUGAUCACAGUAAUGGUGACAAAGAUGAAAAUGGUGGUAAGGAUAAAGCUGAAUCAGAGUUGAAUUCAGCAAAAUAAAUUGCUUGUGUAUUUGCCCUUGGGACUAAUCACUUGUAACUCAGCUUUGAAACACACAAGCACAGGUCAGGUUCAGCUUCCAUUCAGUGAAAUUGUGUCCUUGGGGACAUCCUUGUGAAAUUGAUGUGAAUUAAGUCAAUAACGCAAACUAACUUGUUCUAGAGAGCAGUAACACAAUUUCUUAAAGUUAUUUAAAAUCCGUUGACCCCCUUUGGCAUCCUUGGACUUUUAAAUAAUGUGGCAGUUUCGGAUGAUGGCAAAAAAUUAGAUGUAUAACCUUUGGACAGACACUGUAUUGUUUUAGGCAUUUAAUACAAACUAGAGGCCUGAAGCAGACAGGAUGAAAAUGUUAAAAAUGCAAAUGAGAAAAUCCACAAU